CUAGCUGCAGGCAGGCAUUCAGCUGGUGAAACGUCGGUGAAUCAGUCGGGAGUAAUGCACGCUCUCAGAGCCGGUGGAGCUAGGACAGUGGGUGGCCGUAGCCGCGGUGCACCGUGCCCCAGAACGUGCGCCUUGUACGCCAAGUACCCAGGUUCACAGGAUUUUUCUUUGCAAGCUACGGUCUGGCCAGUUUGAGGGGUUGAGACCUCUCUCAAUUUAACAGCGCCACUCCUGAAUUUGUUCAAAAGAAAAGUUCGCCAUGAGGUGGCCAGUAUUGUACCCGCCACUUUCCGUGUUGUUGUGGAUAGUUGCCGUGCUCUACAUAACGCCUGCUAAUGGUGUUCAAAACGGAAAUGACCCCUGCCCAGUGGCUGACAGCAAGGGUACGGAAUUUGUUGUGGCCUUCAUGGAGACAAUGUCCCCGUCUGCGGACCCUAGAUUGUACAUCAUCGGCGCCUCAGCUCGCUCUACUCGGGUCACCGUACAAUCCCCCCGCGAUGCCGACAUCACUGUCUCCAUCUCACACGAGUCUCGGGUCAAGGUGGUGCGGGAGGAAGGGCCUAGCACCGCCGCUGUCCUGGUCACGGCCGACCACGAGGUGACAGUGUACGGAGUGGAGGAAGGUAACUCCAUGGAUUCCUUCCUGGUUCUGCCUACUGACGCCCUGGGCACAGAAUAUUACGUGGUGUCCUACAGCAUCUCAGACCGUCUGCAGAGGGAUCAGAGGAAGUCCCAGUUCACGCUCCUGGGAAUCUUGGAUGACACCGUGGUGGAUAUUACGCUAUCCGGGACUAUAGAGCACGAGGGACAGCGGUAUUGGAGCGGGGAUCAGAUAAGAGUAACGCUGAAUCGACUACAAGUAGUCCACUUCGCCAGUGCUGACGAAGAUUUGACUAGCACGCGGAUUGUCGCCAGCAAAAAGAUCGGUGUGCUAUCGGGCAGCAAAUGCGCCGACGUACCUGUCAACAUGCGGUUCUGUGAUCACUUAGUCGAGAUGCUUCCCCCAGUGAAGAGCUGGGGUCGCUCCUUUAUUACUUCUCCCCUGUUCGGGCGGACGAGUGGAGAUGCAUUCCGCAUCAUGGCUGCUAGGGACGACACUACAGUGGCCGUGUCUUUGUAUGGUAGGGCCACGCUCCAUGCCGGGGAGUUCUUUGAGAUAGAAAUCAUGUCCAAUUCCAGCCGGAGCAUUACCGCUGACAAACCUCUGCUGGUGAUGCAGUACAGUCUGGGCGGUGACGCAGACCAGACCACAGGAGACCCCUUCAUGAUGCUGGUUCCCGCUCUCGAGCAGUUCUCCAGCAAUGCCGUGUUCUACACCAUCGACUCGUCCUACUCUCAACUGACCGACUACGCCAAUGUGAUCAUCGAGUGCCAGGACGUGAGAGGAUUAGAACACAAUCUAUUCGAAAUACCCGAGUCGUCUUUUGGCAGACUGGACCGACUUCGACAUACCCUGGACGGCCGCGAAUACUGUAUGGCGCAGAUGGUGCUUGCACGAGGUGUGCAUUUCCUCAGACACUCAAAGGCGGAGACUCGAUUCUCUCUGGCUCUAUACGGAAUGGGUGUCAACCAGGGUUCCAUCGCUUACGGUAUGCCUGCUGGACUGCGAUUACUGGACCACACUUGCGAAGGCAGUAUCACAGACACAGUUACAUCUACCAUGUUAACACCAAACGCCAACAUGCCCACUCAACAAUACCGAACUGUUGUUGAGAUUCCAGGACAACAUUUCGUUUCACCGGCACCUGGCCCAUCUGUGAACGAAACGCCCACCCAGUCUUCAGGAAAAUUUCUUACCCUGGCCGUAUUUGUCGCUCUCUUCUCGCUGGUCACCAUUUUAAUUCUGGUUGUCUACAUUGUCAUUCUGCGGAGACGCAUCCGAAAGCUUGAGGCUGAGCGUAAAGUGUACUGCCGCAUGCAGCUCAGCCCCGUAGUGGUUGGAGCGGACGGAUACAUCGGACUGGAUGGUAGUCAGCACCCUGAGCGGGACUAUAUGACGCUAAACAAUCCGCAGGGAGUCUGGCGACUGGGCCGAGUGAGACGCACGGGCCGCUCGCCUGGAGGAGUCCCGUAUGUGACCAACACUGCCAUCAACACAAACUCCAACGGGAUCUCGCACAUAUCUGAGCCAACCCUCGUGCCAAAUAACAGGAAUAGCGUGCACGGGGCGGCAGCCAGGAGAAAGAGCAGCGCCCCAGAGACCUUCAACCGCAUAAGUGUGGAUAGUAAUCAUGCACUUCGCUUUAGUAGAAGGAACAGCAGCAACGAUGCACUGAGCAUUAGCAGUCGACAAGGUAGCACUAGUACAAGGCACUCUCCUCCCGAGAGUCAUGAGAAUGACAGUGUGUGACUGAGAGACAGAACGGGGCCUGUCCCACUGUUGCCGAUGGUGGGAAUCAGGUAACGCGGAAGCAGAGCUUCCAGGAGCUCCAUGACAUCGCCGAGUGUCCAGACAAAGAGCCUCCUCCCAGGACCAGCCACCUAGUGCGUAGCAUCAGCCAGCCAUCAUAUCAGACAUCUCUGAAGGUGAACGCUCCCAAAGUUUACUACUCAGUGCCCAAGAACAACCGGGCGCGGAACCACUACGACCAUCCCAGGAAGCGCUCCAGCAGUGUGGAGGAGCCCUGCCCGGUGAUCUUCUCCAUGAAGGAGUCGCUCCUGAAACACGACGAUGGCUACAUGAGUAUGAGGGAUCAUAGAACAUCAGUGUCCAGUCAGGGCAGCUCUAACCUGUCCAUUAGCUCCAGUCCCGUUGCCUUACCUUCGCCAGACACCACGUCGUACUCAUUUGUACCCGAUGAGGCUCAGAAUAUUGGUCCUGACUCUGCAGAAACGGAUUCAACAGACUAUACGGAAUUGUUUUAACACAAAUUUCGCAAACUGUCAAAACAGCAAACGUGCCUUAAUUCAGCUUUAGUUUAAUAGAACUUACAAGGAUCCUUCAUUUGCAGGUCAUUGUCGGGAACCCAUUUAUAUUUGUAUUGCUUGUGAAUUGUGUAUAUGAAAAUCAUCCAAAUGUAACGUCUAGAAUUAACCGAAAAUGAAAUUACAAUUGGUUGGCGGGUUUUUGAGCAACCCUGCUUUUAAUUUUACCACCAACUGAUCAUUGUGAAAGAAGCACAUGGACGUGACAAUGAGUGAAGGGCAGUACAAGAAGUAUCCAAACAAACCUCAAGUAACGCAGGUGCACAGAGUGUAUGCAAACGGUAUACGUAAAUCGCCCCCUCCCCCAAUAGUAUAUUUGGGGGGAGUUCUGUGGUGUAUCAUUCAGCAUAUGCGAGGAGGGGAUCAGUAAACCACUAGACCCUCUGAAGCUAGUGACAGCUGCACUCACUGAUCCCGCUGAUAGCUGGACAUGCAGCGGUCAUCCGGCCACUCCCCAAGUUACCCAAAGUCGUAGCUCAAACCAAUGAUCAAGUAUAACCGGAACUUUGCGGAUAAUUCACCCAAGUCCUUUUCCGGAUAUUCCGGAUUUGCGUCUUUCCAUUGGUUAACCAAAAAUUUCCCUUGCU